AUGAAGCAACGGUUCUCCUCUCUAGAUGUGAAGUCCUUGGUCAUUGACUCUGGUUUUAAAUGCUAUCUCACCAAUUUUACCAGAACGACAGCUCCUGCGCCUUCUGCAUUUGUAUCGAGGCUGAGGAAAUUUCUACGUUCGAGACGAGUGACUUCGGUGUCUCAAGUUGGGACUGACAGAAUCAUUGAAAUUCAAUUCAGCGAUGGUCAAUACCGAUUGUUCCUAGAAUUCUAUGCCAGUGGAAAUAUCGUCCUUGCCGACGCCGACUUAUCCGUUCUCGCCCUUUUUCGGAAUGUUUCCGAAGGUGUAGAUAACGAACAGCUUCGAGUGGGGUUGAAAUAUUCGCUGGAAAGCCGACAAAACUAUCAUGGUAUUCCGGCCUUAAGUCGUGACAGGAUCAGAGAUGGUUUGGAGGCAACGCUUCGAAAGAGGAGCGAAGGCGUCUCUCAAACCCGCAAGAAGGGAAAAGAGAAGCCAGGGGACGUGUUACGCAAUGUAGUAGCCGCCGCUGCCACAGAAUUCUCACCUAUGUUGAUCGAUCAUGCUUUGCGAUUCGCUCAGAUUGAUCUGGCUACCCAGCCAGAUACAAUUAUUGCGGAUGAGGCUAUCUUUGACAAGAUUAUGAUUGCAUUAAAGGAAGCACAGAGAAUCGUUGACGAAAUCUCAUGUUCUGGCAUGAAGAAAGGCUAUGUUGUCGCUAAGCCUGCAAAAGGCGUCUCGAUCUCUUCAAUCGAUCACUCAGAUCCGAUGGAGUCCGUCAAUAAAGGCCUCCUGAAGUAUGACGAUUUCCAUCCUUUCAGGCCACAGCAAUUCACCAGUAGAACAGAUAUAUUCCUUAUACCCUUUGAAGGUUUUAAUAAGACGGUUGACGAAUUCUAUUCUUCGAUUGAAUCGCAGAAACUUGAGACGCGACUGACAGACAAAGAAGAAAGCGCUCGAAAAAAAUUGGAGAAUACAAGGUUAGACCACGAGAAACGUAUUGGUGGUUUACAACAAGUUCAGGAAUUGAAUGUUCGAAAAGCCCAAGCGAUUGAGGCCAACGUUCAACGAGUGAGUGAGGCCAUCGGUGCUGUCAACUCAUUGCUUACACAGGGAAUGGAUUGGCAAAAUGUAGCGCGACUCAUUGAGAAUGAGCAGCAGCGUCAUAACGCUGUUGCGGAGAUCAUUAAGUUGCCGCUUAAAUUUUAUGAGAAUAACAUCACCCUGUUAUUGGCAGAAGAAGACACUAAUGACGAGCUGGACUUCGAAGGUAAUGAGACAGAUAGCGAGGUGUCGGAUAGCGACAGCGGAAGCGAAAGUCAAGCAGUCGCUGCAAAAAAGCCUACGAAGACAUCUGAAGACAAGCGUCUAGCAAUUGAUGUUGACCUUUCACUCUCCCCCUGGUCGAAUGCACGUCAAUACUAUGAUCAGAAGAAGACUGCGGCCGUCAAAGAACAGAAGACGCUUCAGUCAUCAGAGAAAGCUCUCAAGAGUGCUGAGAAGAAGAUCGGAUCCGACCUAAAGAAGGAAUUACAGCAUGAAAAGGACUUGAUGCGACCUCAAAGGAAAGCCGUCUGGUUCGAAAAAUUUGCUUACUUCAUAUCAUCAGAAGGUUACCUCGUGCUGGGCGGCAAGGAUCUUCAACAAAGUGAGAUUUUGUACAAUAGACAUCUGAAGAAGGGCGAUGUCUACGUCCAUGCGGAUCUACAGGGGGCUGCGUCUAUAGUUAUAAAAAACAAGGCUGGCAAACCUGAUGAUCCUAUCCCACCAAGCACGUUAUCGCAAGCCGGUACUCUAGCUAUUGCAACCUCAAGUGCUUGGGACUCGAAAGCGGUCAUGUCAGCAUGGUGGGUUCCAGCUUAUCAGGUUUCUAAAACGGCCUCCCAUGGAGACUUUCUCCAAGCUGGAAACUUCAAUAUCAAAGGUGAGAAGAACUUUUUGCCCCCGGCACAAUUAUUGCUAGGCUUUGGGCUUCUCUUCAAGGUCAGUGAGGAGAGUAAGGCUAGACACCUGAAACAUCGGGUUCACGAUGAUCCGCUCCUGGAGAUUCAACAAGUAAAAGCGUCGAAGGAGGAGUCCGAGUUAGAAUCCACCGCCGACGGACGGGACAAUCAAACGACAGACCAUCAAGGCAAUAGUGGUAGCGAUGAGGUAGAUGACAGCGGGGAUGACUCUCGUAAAGAUGACAAUGUAGACAAGCACGCACUGAAUGAAGAGGAGGAUGAAGAUAAAGGCUCGGAUAGAGAAGUCGUGAACCCGCUGCAACCUGGUGGGCCUCAAGGAGAAGAUCCAGAAGCGGAAGGUGAAGACGUUCUUUCCGAGCGUGCUGAUAACGACGAUGCGAUCACUGAGCAUGUCUCACAAACAGGAGAUUCCGAUUCAGGAAUUGCGACGCCUGAUCUUGUUGACGCCGAAGGCGUGAACCCUGGUCCUCGUACGGACGGUCCAGGCUCGGCUGACCUUGCAGAAAUCAACACCGAGAAGGCCGAGAUGCCAUCCGACAGCAAGAUCCAAACAGAUACUGCUUCUAAUCCUGAUGCAAAACAGCAACAGAAGCAAUCCCAUGUUCGAGGAAAGCACGGCAAGCGACAGAAGCAGAAAAUCAAAUACGCCCAUCAAGACGAGGAAGAUCGAGCCCUUGCCAUGCGCUUACUGGGCUCAGCCGCUGCCCAAGAGCGCGCGAAAGAAGCCACCGAAGCAAAAGCCAGCAAGGAACAAGAGCUGGUGGAGCAAAAGGAGCGAAGGCGAAAACAGCACCUCAAAGCUGCCGAACGAAGUAAGGAAGCAGAGGAAGCGCGAAGGCGGCGGUUUGAAGCCGGUGAAGAUGGUGAUGAUGGUGAGGAGAACGAAGGCACAGACGUGGCUGUGGACCUAGACUCCUUCAUCGGCGCACCGUUACCAGGUGACGAGAUCCUGGAUGCACUGGUGGUGUGUGGCCCAUGGGACGCAAUUGGAACGCGCUGUCGAUGGCGGGCUAAACUGCAGCCUGGCGCGACGAAGAAGGGAAAAGCCGUGAAGGAGAUCUUGACAAGGUGGAAUGCUCUUGCUAACGAAGAGAUCAAGAGGAAACGCGGGGGAAGUGGUGAGGGGAACGACCUCAUGGUUGAAGAGGAAAGAAUAAGGAAACGGGAGGCGGAGUUGAUUAAGCAGAUUCGAGAUGUGGAGGUCGUGGGGACUGUGCCGGUAGGCAAGCUCCGAGUUGUGAUGGGCGGAGCAGAAAAGGGGGGAAAGGUGGUGGUGGAGGGAAAGGGAAGGCAGGAGGCAGGGGUGGGAAAGGAGGGAAGAGGAAGUGAACACAAGCAUUCUUGUGCUGUAUAA